UUCAUUCUGCGUCUAGUGAGUGCUUGGGACUAGAGGGUGAAUUAGACCCUCCCUGAUCUCGGGAGUUCAGGGCACGGUGGGGAAACAUGGACUUAGUCUCCAACCGUGACAACCUAGGGUUGUCAAGAAGCCAUCAAGACCCUGGGACUCUUUACACAUCGGAAAGCUUUCCCCAAGAGAGUGAGGCCUAGAUCGAGCCCUGAAAAAUGGUUAAGAGGUUGCUCCAGGGACACAUUGGCCAAAGAAUUCUUGGCAGAAGAACCUGACACGUGAAAGAAACGGGUGAAUUCUGGUAAUUACGAAGAGAGGUCAACAGUGUGGGAAGUUGACGUGAGGGAGCUGGAUGUGACCCUCAGGAGAGAAUGGUGCUGGACUCUGGGGCUCAAGUGUAUGAACAAGCACCCCCCAGCCCACCUGCCAGUUCCGCAUCUCAGCACAAUAAACUGAAGCCCUCAAACCGAAAUGGGCCACCCCUGUACCCGUGGCCUCAGUCCUCGGCUGCGCCCUUGGCUGCGGCAGUCCCCUCAGCACCGGACUCCCGGCCUAUGUGGCAGACCUUCUCAAAGCUGCAAUUGGAGCAGCGCAAACACAUGCGUCGCAGCGAGAGUACCUACAGUGUAAAUAGCACUGGCCAGCGACGGGGGCGAGGCAAAGCCCCACUCGGACGGGGAUGUGAUCCAGGUGGAGGGACCCUGCGGCCCGCAGCCUCCUUACCUCAUAUUGCUAAGACUCGAAAGGACGUAGGCAAUGGUAGCAACAAGAGCCCCUGCAUGUUGGUGGCCCUCCGGCCAACUAACGUGGACCAGGAAAGGGAAAAGUUCUUCCAGUCCCAUUACACCUACAAUCCACAGUUCGAGUAUCAGGAACCGAUGCCAAUGAGUGUGCUGGAGAAGUACCAGGAGGCCUCUGGACAGUUCAUCCGUCAGGCAGUUGGCAUCAUUGAAGCUGUCCUGGAGAAGUUUGGCACUUAUGAGCACUUUGAGGCAGCCACAGGGGGCCAGCUGCUGACCAAGUGCCAAAUUUGGUCCGUUGUGCGCAGAUACAUGCAGAAGGAAGGCUGCGUUGGGGAGGUUGUGGUGCAGCUGAGUGAGGACCUGCUGUCCCAGGCAGUGAUGAUGGUGGAGAACAGCCGACCCACACUGGCCAUCAACCUGACCGGAGCCCGCCAGUAUUGGUUGGAAGGCAUGCUGCGGCACGAGAUAGGCACCCACUACCUGCGCGGCGUGAAUAACGCACAGCAACCGUGGCACAGCACCGAAGGCAGACUGCAGUAUGGGCUCCGGCCGGCGAACCCCACCGAGGAGGGCCUGGCCAGCCUGCACAGCGUGCUGUUCCGAAAGGAGCCGUUCCUGUGGCGCGCGGCCCUGCUGUACUACACCAUCCACCAGGCGGCGCGCAUGUCCUUCCGCCAGCUCUUCCAGGAUCUGGCACAGUACGUGCAGAAUGUGGAUGUGCGUUGGGAGUACUGCGUCCGUGCCAAGCGAGGACAGACGGAUACCUCCCAGCCAGGCUGCUUCAGCAAGGACCAGGUGUACCUGGACGGCAUUGUGCACAUCCUGCGGCACCGUCAGACCAUAGAUUUCCCGCUGCUGACCUCACUGGGCAAGGUCUCCUAUGAAGAUGUGGACCUUCUGAGGCCCCACGGAAUAUUAAAUAAUACCAGAGUGCCCCACUUCAUGAAAGAUUUGGGACGCUACCGGCAGCAACUAGAACACAUCAUGGCUACCAACCGGCUGGAUGAAGCAGAGCUGGGCCGCCUGCUACCCAAUUGAUGUUGGUUAACAGUUAUAGAUAGAAGCUCUGGACAGAUCAGAAUAUGAAGUUCUUUAUGGUUCCGCAGCCUAGGUGUUUCUUGGGGGCAUUGGGAGGCCAGGAGCAUCUUGGUAAGAUGAGAGGCAACGUCAGGUUCUUGUCCUUGCUAGCCUUCCGGGGGCCUGUGAACUAACAGCAGCAUGUCACAUAAACUCCUGAACAGGGGAGACCUGGGGAUAGGAGGGGAGAUGAGUGUGAGCAGGAAUGUGGGGUGGUUUGGGAAUGGAAACUUGUUCCUACAUGAGAUGUCUUUGGGUAUCUGGUACCAGCCUUUCCCUUCCCCCACCUGGCCUACUGGUGCUCCUUCAGCAUUCAUACUGUCUACCUCUCACUGGAGCUGGUGGGAGUUGGGGUCCCCUGUAAGGUGACUUGCCUGAGCACAGGGUCCUGGCUUUCACUGGGAUCCAGAAGCCCAGCUGGGCUGGGGUUUGCUUUUCAGCAUUUUGUCUCUCUCACUGGCCAUGCAUUAUUCCAUGUUUGCCUCCAUGUAUUAGUCCAUGCCUCCAGCUGGGGCUGGGAAGCAACAGCUCCUAGGAGUUCAGUGCAGGGACGGGACACUUUGGGGAAGAACCAUUUGUUCCUUGUCCCCCUCUUACCACACACACCGGCACACUGGACUUCAGGUCUUGUGAGUCCGGCCCCACCCUCAGUUCCCACACUAGUCUUGGUUGUACCUGCCGUUGACCACAGCCCCACAGCUGGUCUCUGGCAGUGAGUACAGGCAGGGAACGACCAUAGUCAAACCUGCAGGGCAGGUCCCUAGGAUUUGUUAUCUAAUGUGCAGGCCAGGAGAAGUACAGAGCUGGCCAGCGCUUUCGUUUUCACUUCACAUUCAGCCUUGAGAGACUGAGCCAGUACUGUCCCUACCCUGGUCUUUUAUUUUCCCGUCUGUGAAGCUUGGAAGCACAGCUGGGAAGUUCUUCUCCAUUUACUUAAUAGAUAUGUACAGAGCUCCUUGUGUAUGUCUGUGACUGGUUAGACCCUCCCCCACCACCGCACUCCCAGUCCAGAGGAAAGCCGGAUAAUUAAACAGCAGUCCAGUGA